GUCUCGCGUCGGCACGCGCCGUCCAUGCUGAGCGCCAUGAGCCGGCUCCGGCCGGGCUCUCCCAGCUCGUCGGGCCAGUCGUCUCCCGAGCCACCGGCACCUACGGCGACCGCGGGUCGACACAAGCAGCUCAUCCGUCGUGUCCUGGCGACGGGGCCCCUGCGCGGAUCGUCCAAGAAAAACUCCGCGGCCGCCAACGCAAACUCUGCAGCGGUCAAGCACUCGGGAUCACAGAAGGACAUUAGCCACCUGGGCGCGCCCGUGGGCGGCGGCGGGCGCAUGGUGGGCCCCCCGAUGUACCAGCCGCCGGCCAGCGUGUACGACGAGGACCCGGGCAUCAUGUCCGAGGUGGAGACCUCGGCCACGGGCCUGCGCAGGGCCACCAAGGCCCGCGCCAGCCUGCCCGUCGUCCGCACGCCGUCUAAGACACAGGAGCGGCCACUCGCAAGGAUGACGCUCGUCAAGCCUGGCGAGCUUGGCGACUGGCAGGAUGGCAAAGGAAAUCGGUACAAGGAAGACUACAGGACUUCGAUGUCGCCCUCUGGAGGCGUCUACGUCAACAAUGAGCUGGCGUCUCGGGCGGCCAUGAUGACAUCGCUAGGCCUGGUUUUCCUUCAGUACCGGAGCGAGACGAAGCGGGCUUUGCUGCCGAACGAGAUCACGUCGAUCGACACGGUGAAGGCGCUAUUCGUGCGAUCCUUCCCGAAGCAGCUGACCAUGGAGUAUCUCGACUCGCCGCACAUUCGCAUCUACAUUCACGACCCCUCCAAGGACAUGUUUUACGAGCUCGAGGACCUCAGGGACAUCCGAGAUCGAUCAGUGAUACGCAUAUACGAGCAAGAUGUCAACGACGGGGGUGUCUACAGCACGUACGACCAGGACAUGAGCUACUUUUCGGAACCAGAAUUCGACUCGGAGUAUCAGAACCAGCACAUACACAGGGCGAAGGCGGGAAAGUCUCAAGGAGCGGGUUAUUACGGAGUGCCAGCCUACCCACCAGCAGGCCGGACACAGACACUUCCGCACGGAGCCACUAUCCGGCCCUUCUCGCCCGCACCGCAGGAGAGGCCCAAGCCGAGCCCAGGCUACUCGCAAACCCUUCCCCGAGGAAUGACCUACUCGUCGGUGGCGCUGAGUCCGGAAAAGAGGCAGCCUGGCCUGCUCGUGACCGCCGCCGGCCCGCCGGGAGUGGCGCCGGCCAAGCCGCAGCGGUUCUACGGACAGCCACCGCCGCCCCUGCAGGUCGCCUCCCCCCUCACCUCCCCGAGGUCCCCUCUGCCGAGGCCAGUGCCCCCGCCGCCACGCGCUCUGUCUCCGGACCGGGGCGGUGGCCUUCUGGCCGAGGCGGGCUACCCGCCGGUGGUGGGUGCGCCGUUCCCGGCGGGCGGAGUGCCAGCGGGUCCGUACCCACCGCCUACGUCCCCUCGCCGCUACGAUCUGGCCGGCUACCCACCGGCCGACGACCGGGGUCGUGGUGAUCCGGGAUACUCGCCCGAGCGCCGACUCGACCACACGCGCUCCUUGCCGGCCACCUUCAACUCGGCCUACGAAGAGCCCUUCUACGGCGGGGAUGCCGCCGCCGCUUACGGAUCGCGCUCGGGCAGCGCCACGCCCAUCAUCGACGAAGAAGCCCGAAUGCGUGUGGAGUAUAUGGAACGUCAGCUUGCAAGUCUGACUGGGCUGGUGCACAAGGCCCUGGCUGCAGGAACUUCUCCACGGCAGCCAAGUCACCUGAUUCCUACCAGGGACACCGACGUGGCUCCCGAGAAGGACAGGUCGGAUGACGUUCGGCUGCCAGAAUAUGAUGUGCAGAAGCACCCCUUCAAAGAGGAGAAGUCAGUGUCAUUCUCAGACGAGACCCUGGAUUGCCACAAACAAAGGCAGCACUCGCCACAACCAGCAGCAGAGAAACCGACAAAGCCUGCAAUCAAGGGCAUGCGAUCACACUCUAUAGCAGAUGACUACUCUGGAGUGACGUCUGCAAUUCCAGACAAGGAUGGUCGGCCUUCAAAACCAGCUCCACCACCCAAGCCGGCCUCUCUGAGUUGUGGCCUUGAGUCACGGCAGCAUUCUUCAUCUCCGGGAAAAGAUAUUCAUUUCACUGUGGAAGCGUGCUCCCAGCUGCAGCUCUUGAGAAAGCAAACCAAGGACCUGCGGUUGGAAGUACGUAACCUGCGGCGGAUGACACAGACUCAAGCUGUCACCGCCAGGGAAAUGAUUCGGGAGACAUGCCUCAAGAUCAAGGUGAUGCUGGCUGCUGUUCAAGUGGGUGAAGACCAGGUUUGUACAGAACGACUUCGGGUGUCCAGGGAAGAGGACCUGUACAGACAAGAUGUCACACGGCUGGAGAAGGACCUGUCUGACUUGGAGAGUCAAGUAGAGGAGCUCAGGGGCAACGUGAUCAAUCGAAGAUGCCGAGUAAACAUGAGCAAUGUGGAAAGCAUGGCUCUAGUUCUCAGCAGGGCCAGCAAAACAGUAGCAGACCUGAAAGCGCGGUUCCCAAAUCUACAAGAAAGCUUGAAAUCAGUCAUGGGAGCAGAAAUGGAAGUUGUUGUUCGAGAAGAAAAAUUCCUCAAGGAGGAGCCAGAAAGACUAGAAAAUGCACUUAGGCGGUGCAAGAAGCUUACUGGGACACUAGUCACAUUAAAAAGGUUGGCAUCAGUUCAAGAGCAGAGGCACACGGGAGCUCACACGCUCCCUGAGAAAGCAGCAUCAGCGGACGGGCCAUACUCCGACGGCGAGGCACACACUGCUCGGUCAAGCAGGCAGGCUUGGAAGUGGAGUUCUAAUUUCCGGGAGAAAAUAGACCUGUGGAGAGGGUACUCCACACUGGGAUGGUCGGAUAAGACCUGCGACGCGACGGCUGAGCCGGCCGGCGGCGCGGCAAGUGACAGCAGCAAGGGCAGCCCCGCAGCGCGUUCGGAGAAUGCCCUGGAUGCGCUGCUGGAUGAGCUGCAGACCUUCUCGAAGCCGGCAGACAAACGUGGCGGACGGCCGCUAUCGGCAGACUCACCCGUGAGGGCCUCUUCUUCUUCUGCGUCUGUGGGAAGUGCCAAACCACCCUCCGGCGCCACGGUAGUCAUCAUCGACGGUCCAGGCAGCGGCGGGGUUAACAAGAAGACGCCGCCGCCACCUCCACCGCGCACCACGAGCAAGUCACCAGUGACAUCGCCCACGGGCCCACAGCGGAGCCGCUCGGAGCCGGUGCGCACGAACGCGCUGGCCGCGGAGGACGCGAGCAGCAGCAGCAGCGGCAGCAGCGGUGGCCGGCGAGACCAGCUCUCUUCCAACAGCAGCAGCAGUGAGAGCGUCAACUCGCAGGAAGGCCUACAGGCACGCAGCCGACAGGAGCUGCUCGACUCGCGACAUCAGGAGCUGCUACGGAAACAGCGCCAGCUGCAAGAGCAGUACGCCCGGCUGCAGCUCCUCCAGCGCUUGUCGCCACCCAAGCCGGACCUGAAGAAGACCGGCAGCGAGAGCAACAUCCUGCACAAAGCAUCCCUCUCGCUGGGCAGCGCUGGCGGUGCGUCCGGUUCGCUCACCCACCUGGCGGUGCCGUCGUCCGCCCUGCGCACGGGUGCCAAGAUCUACGAGACAGACAUACUGUAGCCACGUGGCAUUCGGCUUGGCCCUCAUUUGUGACGUGAGUGCCCACCAUCUUGGAGGGCUCCCAGCACACACUUGUCCCGGAGGUCUGUCUCCACUGAUGUCUGGCGAAACGCCCAGGGCCGCAGGUCGUGCGCAUGAGGAGGAACAACAGUGCGCGAAAUAAAUACAGAGCACGCAAGAGCAUCGAUAGUAUCAAAAUUGAUUUAAGGUUUCGCCCAGUUUGUACUUUGAAUACAGCACUGAGUCAAGAUAUCAGCUGAUAGCUUAAUGCUUUGGAAAGCUAACGGUUACCCUCUGGUGGUAAUUUUCAGCUGUUGGAAGUGCUCUCCAAAGAACAGAUGCAUUUGGCAAACAGGUAACCAUUCCCGUUUUUUUUUAGCAAUUGGAGUGGACUUUUUCAAAAGGCCUCCAUUUCGAAGUCUUUUACAAGCCUGGAGCGUGUUGAGAGAAAAAAGAUGAGCUGUCUGGUAUCAGUGUUUUUUGCUCUUACAAUAGGGUACGCUGCGUCCUGAGCUGGAAGCCUAAUGCUAAGAAAGCAAAAGGAAAACAUGUGGCUCCUUGGCGUUUAUUUCCUCCCAUGCACUACACGCACCUGUGGCCUGUGCGAAGUGCAAUCGAAAUACUCGGCUCAGCUAUUUGGGCAGGGAGCCUUGCAUUGCAAAAGGGCAUGCGCAAUGUGCCAGUCUGUUUGUACUGGGAGGUGGUUCCUCGCAGUAGAAGUAUAGAAAUUCGCAUUACGUGUUGUGCUGAAAAGCACGUGUCAGGGCUCUUACCCGGUGAAAAAAUGGACAAUGUGCAAUGUGCUAGUAGGAACGGAGUAGAAGGUGGAACGGGCCUAACAUUAGGAAAUACCACGGGAACGCGGACUAUGGCUUCUAUUCGGGAGUGUUCGCCGUGCCUCUUCGAGGACAGUGAUUGGCCAACUUAGUGACGCGAGACAGUCCCGUUUCGCGAAAUGUGCUGCAGCCACAAGGCCAAAAGCUGUCAGCGAUGAGGCAGCCAAGUCCACACAUCACGCAUAACAGCCUCGGCAAGUUCCUCUUUAUUUAUUUAGUAUUUUCACGAGUGUGGUCUUUAUAAUUGUAGGUCUAAAAACCUCCUUCGUCGUAAUGUAUCCAUUUUUCACCCAGCCUACAAAUGCUGUGCGUUCACUUGUCAGGGUGAGUACUUUCUACCGCUCUAUAUUACUAUCUGGCGGAGAAAAAGGGUGCGCCGUGUGUUGGAAAAAUACCGAGGCUUCCAUGAUGGCGCUGUGUGCAGAGUACAGGUAUAGAGGAACCCUCAUUGCUGUUUGACACUUAUACUCUGUCGAAGAUGCGCUGCUCUCUGAGCAGCCCUCAGUGAACGCCAUGCACGAGCUGUCUGAAGACAGAUUGCUUAAAGUGAGAAAAAAAAAAUGAAAGCGAAUGUACUUUAUCAUGCAUAAUCACUGUUAGUUGCUAUAGUGCUCACUCUUCUGAUAAAAAAAAAUGUUCUGUACACUUUUUUAUUCAUGAACGGUCUUUGGCAGGUGAACAUGUCUGUUAUGGUGCCGGGCAGGUCGUAUUCUCGCCCUGAUGUAUUCGCUAAAGACAAAGUUUGGCAGCGGUCUGAGAUGUCAAAAGUCGCAUAUCGUUCACCACCUAUUAUACAAGUCUGUAUUUUUUUGUUAUCCACACUGUAAAUUUUGUCCAAAAACCUUAACCCAACUCGUUGCUUGGUGUUUUCAUGCUUCUAUUUUCUUCUUUGGAAAUUCGCAUUACUUCCGCAAACGACGGUGCUGGCAUUGGCACGGCUUUUGGCAGUUUAUCUUGUACAAACCAGAUGAUACUUGGAGUUCAUUGAUGAGUACAUCAAGUUGGUAGUUUGUCACCGCCAUUGGUUCACCUUUAGUUUAUAUGGACUUCAUGUGGAGAGGUUCGUGCGAGGAACGUGAUCACUUUACGGUUAAAUUUCUAUUGUUUUUUUACUUUUGAAGCUCUGAAAAGGUUUCAUUUGUUACUCUGUAACAAAACUCCUAAUACACUGUAUUGUAACAUGCACAUGGUUUGUAUACACCAUACUGUUCGAUGAGUUCGAGGCAUUAGUGAACGAUGUGUUGAGCUGAAAAACAACAGAAUGUGAAUUUCAAGAUGCUUCUGUUUUCAAGCUCCAUGAUCUUUCUUUUUUAUUUUUGACGCACAACUGCAAAUCAUUUAGGAACAAAAAUCACUGUUCAGCACCACUUGUUGCUAUAUGCACUAUUGUGAUUAAAACGUGAACUAUUUGGCAACUACCUGUUCUUCUAUUCUGCAUUUCUUGUCAGGCUGUCACAGCCUGGAUGGCAACAACGAGCCAAUGAAGCCAUCCAUGAUGCAAUCAAAAACCGUUCUAGCAUCUUUUUAUUGCCAUUGAAGUUAGAGUGCGAUGAAAACAGCUCACCAUGCUGUUAGCAUUUCUUUAAAUCCUCCCCAGUACAUAAAUUUACCUGCUCUAAGCCAAACCUGUCAGAUGUUUUGUUUAAUUAAUUCAAAGAGAAGUGUGCAUUUUCGGUUUCCGGCUGUGAAUUGGUGAAAUAUCAGUUUGUAAUUUAACUAAAAAUAUUCACUGGAAGCGCAUGUACCGCCAGAUGUGGCGUAGUGCGGUCAUUUACAAUUCCUUGGCAGUAAUGAAGCAUUUGCAUUGGCGUCUAAAAAAAAAAGCAGAAUCAGCAUGCCUGAGUCGUUGACGCAUUUCAACAGCUCUGAUGCACUCUGUUUAAGACACAUCUUGGAAACACCAGGCAAAAUUUAGGAUAUAUACACACGUAACAGUCCUUGCUCGGUUCGCACCCCAAUGCCAAUAACUGUUACCAAUGCUGAAUUGAGUGUUGCCUGUCAUACUUCAGUGUACUGCAAAUACCCAUUGCAGAAACAAUACUUCAAUGUAAAAAUUUGUACAUCAAAUACUUUUAAUGAUGAACGGGUAAAAUGUUAACGUUGUUUGCUAAUAAGCUAUAUUCCACGAACAUAGUGUUCGCUAGGGUAAGCUGGUAAGCCUAUUUAUACGGAGCCCUACAUUGUGAAUGAUUGGUUGCUGCAAGGCAAAUGGUUUUAAGUUAAAUAACCAACAUUCACACACCUUUUCGCACAAUAAUUGCUCUCAAAACGGAGUGAACGUGUGCAUAGUUCGGAAACACUAUUAUCACUAAAAUUAUUGUGUAACGCUGUGUUUACUCCAUCUCUAUCUCAAGCAACUCUCUGCGGUGUGCUACCAUUACGUAUACCACUCCCUAGAUUGAUUUCUCUGGCUUGCGUAGCGUUUCUUGGUAGUUUGCGUGCCAUAAAAGUUGUGCGUGCGUAAUGCACUCUGCAUGUGCGAAAGAAAUACCUACACAGCAGACCCAUCUGCACCAACUCGUGUUUCCACAAGUACCUGCCUACCGUCCCCCACCUGGAUACAGUCUGCUUGAAUGUGGAUAGGCUCCUAAAGCCUUAGCUCCUCCGCAGGUUAAUAGUUGUUCUGAAAAUUUUCUUCUUAAUCUAUAACAAGUGUUGUUACAAGCUUAUGUUACUGACAGGUCAGUGGCAGAAUCUACUGUUUGGUGCAUUGUGGAGCCGUGCGACAACAAUUGUCUUGUCGCAAAGCGUAUUACUAGAAAUGUCUGUUGGCUACUUUGGCAGUUUCGCUUACCGCUGAUUUUUAAGGAAGACCAAAUGACCGAUCAAAUAUGCAUGGUUGGUGGGUGAUACUCAUAAGCUGUCCUCAGUGUGCGUGUGGUGCCAUUUAGGACUCAGUACGUAAUGGUUAUGGUCUUACGGACAUUGCCGCCAAGACCAGUGGGUACACAAAUUUCCACGUUUUCACAUUAAGCUGGUUGUUACUGACAAGUUCUUCACUGCUUCUACUGCCAUUUACCGCACGGUAACUGGUGUAAAAUUUCACAGGUGGAAGUGCUUGCUGUUAUAAGAGAGAACAGCUCGUUGUGAAGCUUUCUACGUCUCACAACUAGUCAGAAGACUAAAAUAUAAAAAUAUUGAAAAUGCUUAGCACCAGCGUGUGCUUCACCUGCGCCUCUUUUUAUGUGUAUGAUGAAUCACACCGCAUUAGUACCCAAAAAAGUUGUUUUCGAUAUUAUUCUGGAAUCAAGGGUAAAGAAGAUGUGUAUAUGACUGCGAAAGGGAUGAGCACAUUUUGCUUUUUAAGGUAAAUGUGCUCUACACUUUUGCCUUGCUCUACACUUUUGCCUUGCUCUAAUUAUGUCUUUUUAAUGAUGAAAUCGUCUCUGCUUUCACAGCAACAGCACUUCUUCUCGUAGCCACAGAGCUGUUUAUAUGCCCGGAAAACGAGAUUGAAAAAGAAAAAUCCCAAGCUAAUUGUGCAUAUUGCUGUGCAGAAACUUGUUUUUUUUUUUUCUCUUUUUAUGCGCGAAAUGUAUUCAGUCAGCCUUUCGUGCUAUAUGAAUGUAUGAAUGUGCUGUUUGCAUCUUUUAAAUGACGAUGGCGAACAGUUGAGGCACUUUGAACGCAUAUAUGCACCCUUGCUGAUCUGCUAAGCCUAGACUGUGUUUCCAUGCUGUAUUUAUUAACUGUUUGCAUUCAUUUUUACAAGGGUAUAGUGAAUGAAGCUUUACCUUGCCAUUUCAUUCACUUAUGCUUUUAGCACCUCUUAAUUUUUCAAAGUACUUGUGUGUUGACAUGUAUAGUGCGAUGUGCUAAGCACUUUCUUCAGUAUACUGCACACCUCCUGCUUAAGGAGUGACCAUUGUCAAAUUUUUUACUUUACACUGCACACGACUCUGGUUUAUGCAGCAGCUUUCAAACAAAAAUGCCUUGACCCUUUCUCAUCACUUCAUAAGCCUUUGUUUUCACCUCAAGUUGUUGUUUUCUAUAUAAUAAAUAUGGCAUGGUCAGUGGAGUUCCUUUGUUAUAUCGCCGAACCCUUUGGCAUCCAGGGUUUCCGGACAAUCUCAAGCAAUAAGUUAUGAAACUAGUUUAUUUAGCCAGUUGAUGGUGGGAGCAAUGCUCAAAGUGUUUUUUGGCGCACCUUUCUUUUUUAACGGUCUGCAAGGUGCAUACUUCAUGCGGUAUCAUGCAUAAUAAUCACAUUGGUACACUGUGAGGUACUGAAUCAAAGAAAUCGAACUGGCUUCAAAGCUUCUCAUUUAGGAAAAUAAAUAAAUGUAUUUCGAUAUAAGCACACUAGUUGACAGAAGGGUACCUGCGCAUGGGGGAUGAAACGAAAAUUUCUCUUUGGCAAAACAUGCGAAGCGUCAAUUUCAGUUAUCAGUGUUUACUUAGUUUGCAUUAAAUUGGGCGACAUACACUUUGUACUCGUACAACUUACCUUUAUUUUUGUGUCAAAUAUUUUUGUCGCUUAGUAGGUGUAGCCACUUUUUGACCAAGCUGUGGUGGCGACAAGAUUGUAGUAUUAUGUGCAUGUUUACCAUUAUGCUGACUGUAAGCACUUGUAACCAUGUGAAAAACCUUGACAAACAGAUGCUAAUGUUUGCAUACUUAAGGCUGUGUGUACAUACACGUGUGCUUUUAUCAUUUUAUUCUUGCAUGUAACUUGGUGCGUUUUGAGAACAUCUACUCCCCUUGAGGAAUAGGCCUGCACUGAAGGGUUAUUUUCAGAUGAAAUGCAAUGAAAGAAGAUUCAUUCGUAUGGCCUUUGCUGGUGACAUUUCUAUUAUCUUACUUGUCUCAGGUGCUCUUUGACUUGUUAUAGUCGCAACUGUAUUCAGUAUACAGCGUGGACUCAUGUUUUCUUUGAUAUUGAUUGAUUAUUUACUGGCAGGAUUAGAAUUGUAAUAUAAGUAUGUUGUGAAUUCUGUCGAAAAUAAAAAGUUGUGUCUUGCUCA